AUGGCUUCAUCAUUCAUUACCCAAACUGAUUCAUUCAAGAUCAAAGGUUUUCAAACAUUAAAGGAAAGACCACUCCUUUUAGCCUUAUAUGGAAAGCUUGAUCCGAGUCUUCAGCUAGCUGGGAGUGUGACUUACUAUGGACAUGGAUUGAAUGAGUUUGUACCGCCAAGAACUGCUGCUUAUAUCAGCCAACAUGAUGUUCAUAUUGGAGAAAUGUCUGUAAGAGAAACCCUGGCUUUCUCAGCAAGGUGCCAAGGAGUUGGAUCACGUUAUGACAUGCUUUCUGAGCUAUCUAGAAGAGAAAAAUCAGCAUAG